AUGUGCUACCAAGACGCUGUAAGACACUAUGCCGAAGCAGUACAGUCUUACGGUCGUAUAAAAGCCUGGAAUCCGGAUUACCAAGCUUUCAUGGACGCAAUGCACGAUUGCCUGCUAGAUGAGGGCAUUCCUAAGGAGCUACUCGUGCAUCUAGAGCAGGUACUAGUCAGGCUUUGUGACGAGCAGUUCUGGGGAAACAAUGAUGUUGGCAAGGAACCGGUAUCACAAGAGCAAGUCCAGCAGUUUCUUGCAACGCAAUCUCUUCCAACGUACGCCGAAGCCGACAAGCCCGAGCCCAAAGGAGACAGCCCGAGACAAGCUUGGGCACGGUACAUAGAAGCAGAGUUGGAAGACCGGAGAAACAACCCGCCUAGGGGUAGGAUCCUGAUAAGACCAGGAGAAAGCGACUCGGACAGAUUGGACGGAGACAUUUCGACCGAGGACGACAUGUCUGGAGUCGAAGACGAUGUGCCCGAGGACGACAUCUCUGAAGACGGUAUGCCUGGAGUCCAUGCCGCUGAGGAUGACAUACCCGAGGACGAGAUGAAUGUGUACGAGGAGCUUCCGCCAGAUCCGCGUAUAUUCGCGAAUUACCUGAAAGAGAAGAGGUCACUCGCCCUCAAGAAGCACCAAGAAUACAUCGCCAAGGGAUGGGCCCUGGUUCGAUGGGUUGACAAAGAGAUCGCACAAGGCAGAGAACAUCCCGUGGGAGACGUCAAAGGCGAAUGGGCUCUCUACUCCGAUGUGCACCAUCAGAUGCAGCAAGACAACUGUGAAGACAUCACGGACAUGGAAACCAAGAACCUACACCUCCAACGCGGGAAGCUUUUGAUACGAGAUUGCGUUGGCGAACCUGGGUAUGAGCUGGUGUUCAAAAUGCCUUAUCCUUCCGAAACGCCGGGCCUGAACUUUAACAUACCAAAGAUUAGUGUUCCUUCUACAGUCGCUUUAGAAGAGACCUUGUAUUACAAUAAGCCGGGGAUUCCCGAGCGAUGCCUUCGAUUCCUGGGAAACGGUUAUCUCUGUCUCAGCAUACCUGCAUGUUUGGUCGGAGGCGAGGGCGAAAAGCCCAUCGCUUUCUUUGCUGUCUCACGCACGAAGGACAGGCAUACCCGCGAAAUGGAGUGGGCGAAAGUGGAUGAUCGAUGGGAGUACCAAGGGUCUUACACAGAGGGCGACUCCGACCCUGAAGAGUUUUUCUGUUCUGCCGAGCAUAUGGGGGAAAAGUGUCCCAUUGAGGACUGCCCGAAGCAUGAUUUGGAAUUGAGGGCGCAGCUUGAGGAGCGAAACCGAAUGGCCUGUAUCGAUCCUGGACCUCGGAGAGUCUACCAGAGCCCGGGUUGGAUAGCUCUUUUCGGCACAAGGACGGGGUUUGAGUAG